AUGCUUUAGACUUUAUCAAAUUGCUACGAAAUAUGUUACAAUCCAUUAAAUAACUCAAAAUCAAAAUAGCUUUAUUCAAUUCCAAGAGGAUAGCGUUUUCAUGACACCAAGAUUAACUGUGAUAAGUACUAUAAUCUACCAGAAAUAAAAAAUAAUAGAGCAACAAGUUUUGGAUAUGGUACAAAAACUGAUUUUAGUAAACUUGCUCCUAUUACUCCUGGAUCAGUUUACAAAAUUAAUACUAUGUUUGAUACUAAGCAUGGAUAUUCUUUUAAAUUAAAUAGAGAGCAAGUAAAAUGCGGUGCUAUACCGAUUGGAAAUAAAAAUCCUUCUCCUUAGCAUUAUCGUGCCGAAAAGAGCUAUUUAAGUAAUAUUUCUUACACAAUGAGGGCAUUAACUCCAAAAUCAGAUGAAAAGAAUACAAAUAGAUUCUCACCUGGACCUGGUAAGUAUAACGAUUAGCUAGCAUUAAGUCCCUAAGGUAGAUACUUUAAUGCAAAAUAUAGAGAUACGAAAUAUGGAGGACUUAUUAAUCCUGAACAGAAACUAAGUUAAACAAGAUUAACACCUGGCCCAGGCUAGUAUUAAGAUAAGGAUACCCUCUCUCCUGAUGGACUAUACAGAAAUUCUAAAUACUUAAGCUAAUCUAGAACCAAAUUUGCAACCACACCCCGUAAACCAAUUAGAAAUAUUUCUUAUGGACCUGGCCCUGGUGGGUAUAAACUGCCAAGUGAUUUUGGGUAGUACGGUUCUAGCAGAGCAUAUAGCGGUGCAAAUCUAUCUUUUGAAAAGUCUAGAAGGGGUUCUAUUAAACACAAUUCUUCUUUUUUAGGGGAUGACUUUAUGAAAAGAAGCAGGUCUAAUUUGAAAAAAUCAUUGACUCAAAAUUUCUAUACUUCAUCUCUAGAAAACAGCUUUAUUAAGUAAGAGUAAAUAUAAAUUUCAGAUAAAAAGUAAGGAAAUAGAAAAAAUUACCACACUAUAAAAAAAGUAGUCAUUUGA